AGUGUAGACCCCACUCUGCCUUACAGUUUUUUCAAUCUCAGCCUACUCUUCUCUGAACCGUUGCUUCUCCACGUAUGGACGUGUUUCCUUCACCUUCAUGGGCUUCUCUGUAACUCCUCCGUCUCUCCUCUCCCCUCUCCGCCACCACAACCACCACCACCCUUCCCUCCGCACCUCCCAACCAUCCUACCCUAAGCCCAAUUCCAAAAUCCUGUUCAAUCGCCGCUCCCUUCUCCUCCUUUCCACCUCCCUCUCCAUUCCCUCUGCUCCUCUAUUCCCCUCCUUCGCCGCCGCCGACACCGCCAAGCCACCGCCGGACACCACAGUCACCGACCGUGUAUUCAUGGACUUCAGCCUCUGCCCCAAUUACUUCCUCCCCACCCGAACCCUCGGCGAUAACAUAUCUUCGCUCUGCUCCGAAUCCAUCCCUUUAGGUCGCAUUGUAGUCGGCCUUUACGGCCAUCUCGUCCCCGUCACGGUUUCUAACUUCAAGUCCAUGUGCGUUGGAUCUUCUGGUUCUUCCUACAAGAACACCCUUGUUCACAAGAUUUUUCCUGGCCAGUACUUCCUCGCCGGCCGCCAGGGACGGCGAGAAAAAGGCGAGGUCCAGCCGCCUGUGGAGUUGGCGCGCAAUACUGAAACUGUCGAAUCCAAGGCGUUUUCUCUGGCACAUUCGAAGGCUGGUGUUCUUUCGCUUCCUCUGUCGGAAAACGACGACGAGGAUGAGGUUAAGCUUGAUCCGAAUUACCGAAACGUUGAGUUCUUGAUCACGACUGGACCAGGACCUUGUCCCCAGCUCGAUAGCAAAAACAUUGUUUUUGGAACAGUGCUUGAAGGUUUGGACGUCAUCACUGCCAUAGCUGCAAUUCCCACAUACCAACCAUCUGAACGUAUUCGCCAAUUCAAUGACUUGGCUGGGUUUUUUGGAGAUGAAAGGGCCCAGAAUGCUCGUGCCAGUUGGAACAGGCCCCUUAAAACUGUUUAUAUUAGUGAUUGUGGGGAACUACAAGUUGCAAAGCCUUCCCUUUCUCCUUCUCUGCCUUGAAUGUUCUUUUCUUGUAUAAGUUACCCUGGAGGAAUCCAUAUAACUUGUCAAUUUGUAAUCUUACUUUGAGUAUUCUGAGUGGAAAAAGAGGGUCCAAAGAAGAUGCUAAUCAGGAAUCAAUUGAAUGAAACUAAAUGAAUGAAUUGAAAGGUACCUUAGUGCAUUGUUGUAAAGUUGAACAACAUGAGUACCAAAUAUUCUUGUUGUGAAGAGCUGGUAGGAAUGUUAUGCAGAUAUAUGUCUAUUUACUCGUAAAAAUUAUUUGAAAUUUUGUAAUGUUUAAUGAUUUAUUAGACAUGUUCUGAAGAGGGUUGUGCCCCUUUAAAGAAGAAUCCUAUACAAGCAUAACCAGGUUUGAGUA